UAGGUGUUCGUGCUCCUUCGCGCACUGAGGACCGCUGACAGCCGCCGGAGACGGCCCUGCAGGAGCCCUACACGCGGCCGUGCCCGCUCGGUGCUGCCCGUGUCCCGGCGGCGGCCGCUGACAUCGCCGCGUGGAGCAGAGGAGCGGCCGAGCCAUCCCGAGUGCUGUCCUGGCGGGGCUGCAGGGCGGAGCGGGGCUUCGUGGGGGUGAGGGAAAGGCCUCAAACAGCGUUUGCUGCAGCGGUGGCAGCGGCUCGUCCAGAUCAGGAGCCCGCGCUCCCCAGGAUCACGGUGUUUCUCUCCAGCACGCUUAAACCUGUCCCUUCGAGCUUGUGGGCAGCACUGAGGGAAUUGCCCGCUGUCUGAGCAUUCAGAUGGUAAAAACUGCGUGGGGAGGGUGUGGUGAGCAAAGAAACAGACCCUGAAAGACUCCUGGACAGGCUGUGCCAAAAAACCAUGUCUGGCUGCGGGUUCAGGUUUGCUCAGGGGAAAGGCAAGCGCAGAGAGUGUCUGAGGAGGUCAGGAGGUGGAGUUUCAUCCCUUGAGAAAGAGUCAGCCAAAGCUUUCUCGUCCCUGCAAGAGUUGUAGGACCCACAAGGUCAAUCUUAGCCUCCUUUUGCCGUGUAGUUUUGCCAUCAGUUCUAUGGCCAGGUGUCAGGUCAGAUGGGACUCCAUUCCACAUCGUGAAACAGAAGCUCUGAAUGAGUUAAUCGGCAGAGUUGCUCUGGAUGGAAAUGGAGAUGACUAAGCACACCACAUUCCUGAAGCAUUACUUAUUUUGAUAUAAAAUCUGCUGUUUGGUACUGCCCAUGUCUUUCGCCCAUCUGAAUGACACAGUUUUGUUCAGAAGAGCUUCAAGUUUGUUCUGAAGCUGAACAGAAUGAGAGUAGCUGAAAGCUGUAGGAGUCCUUCCUGCUGCACUGGCCGUCCCCUCAUCCUUCCAGGACAGCUUCCCUAGCCUUCCCAAGACCAGAAGCUGCCUUGUAUUGGGCUACAAGCCCAGGAGGUUUAAUGGCAAGGAGUUCUGUCAUCUCUUAGGUGACUUAGAGCCACGUGGCUCAUAAAAGGAGCAAAAGAUUGCUUCAGAACUGCAUGGGCUUGCCAGAUCGUUGAUUUGCUUGUUCUCAUGCCUGCUGCACAGCGGGAUAAGGUAAGGUGGUGUGCUAGUGUCUUUGUUUAGCUAUUUAGCUGCCAGCAUGAUCUGUUGAGGGGGAUUGCAGGGAGCCGGUGGCACCCACAGCUCUGAAGGGUAUUUUAUUCUUGAACAGUGCUGGCAGCAGUUCUCUCCUUGAGUAUGUGUCUUCAGGAAACCGAACUGUCUUGAGACUGCAUAGAAAAUGCUUAGUAUGCUUUCUGGCUUUCGGAAUUGGAAGAGGAGUAAGGGCUACCUGUCAUGUGUUGUGAACGUGCCUCAUUCGUCUGCUUUGGAUAAAGAUGUGGAAACUUGUUUUGACCCUCUCAGAUCCAUGCUGUCUCUCUUACGGGGAGAAAUGUGUGCUAUUUCUGCCAUACUUUGCUUGUGGCUAUUGCUUUCAAUAAAUUAAUUCAGUAUUUUUUGCUACGCUAUGCAGCUGUAAGUACUAAUGCUGUAGGGAUGAUACAGCUGGCUGUUGUGGAAAUAAUAGAAAGCGUAUUGGUGCUGCUGAAGGUGUUAGGAAGGAGACAUCGAGACAGAGGCAGUCGCUGAGACAGAGGCAGUCACUGAAAGUCAGGUUAAUCCGUGAAAAGAAUGAUGGGGUGGUCCCUGCUGUGCUGACUGCCUGACUCAGGUGAUCUCUGCGGGUUGUGUGUCUCUAAGCUAUGUGUUGGCCUGUCUCGGGCUGUGUCUGGGGCUAUCUGGCAUGGGUCAGACCGCUCCAGACUCCUCUUUCUUCACUAAAUAUCAGCCUGUACCGCUGGCCCUGGCUUGUGUUAUGAGCUUAGAUUGAAUGCCUAUAUCCUGAUAGCCGCCAGCUGCCUGGCAAGCCUGUGCAGGUGAAGAGCCGCAUUCUUCUCCUUGGAGGAUGGGUUAUUUUGGAAGACAGUUCAGUGCUGUGGCUGGUGGAGCAGCAUUUAGCAGGAGAGCGUGAGGUGCUUUGAACUUGUCUUCUUUUGCCUUCAUUUAAGAUGAGCCAGGAGCUGUAUUUCUACCUGUAUAUGGUAAUGCAAAGAUCAGUGACAUGCCUUGGAAAGACCUUUGCUGUUCCACUCAGAGCAAUGUGGUUUCUAAGGUGGCUGAAGGGAGGCUGUUUCCCAUCUCUUCUAGUCUGGCUUUUCCCACUGGAGCCCGUGGCCCAUGUAUCCUGGCUAGCCUGUGCUUUAGGUCCUCGGGAGCAGCCCGGAGUGCUGUUUUUCUAGUAGUUCCAGUGGAAUAGCAAAGAGGAAAGUUGCUUUGCUGUCUGCUAAUCAGGGCUGUGCAGACAGGGAUUGAGGAAGGAUGGAUCUGCUCUGGCUCAGGAUGUUUUGGAAACAAUGCCCUAUUUAUAGAAGAGAGCAGCGGCCUGGGGCUGCGGGUGAGCAGCAGGGGAGCAGCCUGGCCCAGGGUCUCACCGUGGGGUGUGGUAGCACACAGCAGUACCCCGGGCAGAGGAGUCAGGAAUGGUGGGACUGUGGGUGUGGUUUCCGUUUUCUUAACAGUUGUGUGUCAUUCUUAGACUUGUUCUGCUCUUUUCCUGCCCCCGUGUGAUGGGAUCGACAGCCCUGGUUAGUUUGCUAGUCCCCUGCCUGCUCCUUGCUGCUGGCGGGGUGGGAGGGCGUGCUGUGCUGUGCUGCAGUUGGCAGUGCUGCAUGCACAGGCGCAGCUGGGCUGCACUGCUUUGGAGACAGGGCUGGGUGGUGGUCAGGAGAGGUGCUGGUAUGAACGUGUUGAGGAUAUGGCAGAGUGCUGGUGGGGGACAGAGGGCUGAUGAUGCAGCGUAUACCUCCAGCUCAGUUGCUUACUCAGAUAGACCAAGUUCAGCCCAUUCAUUGACCGGAGAACCACAGAUUGGUUGGGUUGAAAUGGACCCCAGAGCCCCCCCAGCCCCUCUCCCAGCUCAAGCUGCCCAGGGCCUCAUCCAGCCUGGCCUUGAGCACCUCCAGAGGUGGGGCAUGCACAGCUUCUCCGGCCAGCCUGUGGCAGGGCCUCCCUGCCCUCUGAAUUAAGAAUUUCCUCGUCACGUAUAACCUAAAUCUUCCCUUUUCUAGUUUAAAACUCUCCCAGUGAUGAGUGGGAGAGUUAUUCGCAGCUGCCUGGGGCAAUAUUAUAAAAAAUACUUCACUGCAAGAACCUGUAUUGUUCUCUCUGAAGACUGGCAGCAGUGACCUUUUUGCCACAGCAAGCAGUGCUGCUUUGGAACGAAGUGUGGCAGGCCAGCAGCAUGCAGAGGCUUGGUGCUACGUGUGUAGGUGCUGGAUCUCUCCAGCCACCCACGUUCUCCCUGGUGGUAAGGCAGCAGUUUCCUUGCCUUUCUUGCUGCAGGACUAUCUGGAUGACUAUCUGGUAGGAGAAAUCACAUCAUUUCUUUAGUGUUCUUUCUCUGCUGAUCUAAACAUGGGUCUCUUUUUCCCUUGAGCAAGAGAAUUCGCCAGUUUUUACUGCCUUUUGACUCCUGUCGUCUGUCUUUCUAAAACUUCCCCUAACUGCCAGCCACUGCCCUCCAGUUUCUCUGCUGGCAAAGUUACAUCAAGUGUCGACAUGCAGAACAUCAAACAAGUUUUCACUUGUGCUAUUGAGCUCUUCUCCAGUCAGCACAACCAUGCAAGUCUUCUGUGUGAAGCAGUAGCCAUCCUGCUAUUGCUGACUCUGGAGAAGCAGACGUGGUUCCCUGUCAAUAGAGCUGAUGUGGGUCUUGUAUCUUGCUGUGUAGAGAGCUCUGGUGGAGACGUGCUGCUGCAGUGGUUGACUGUGGGCUGCCUGAGGUGCUUCGAGCAGAGCAUCAGAGAAACAGAGCACUCCUAUUUAGCCUGCAUCAGUACAAACACACCGCAGAGGGGCUGGCUGGGAGUUCUGCUGCAGGCAAGACAUGGUUACACUAGCAGGCAGUUCUUCCACGACUCAGGGGCUCUUGGAUGCCACUGGAUGCUUUGGAGUCUCGUGCCAGCUUGAUGCAUGCAAGACACAGGUGAAACUGGGCAAAACUGGAGAUGGGGUGUUUGUAAGCACGUUGGCACUUGCCAUGCACCCAGUAGGGACAGGUGACAGUAGCUUCUCCCGCUCUGCUGUGCAGACCCUCUCUCGGAGCCACUGCCGCAACAUCAAACAGAAGAUCUCCCAGUGGGAAGGGAGAACACAAGGGUGCUCCAGCAAGGACAGACAGCAGCUGAAUGAUUUUGGGGUAAAAUAUGAUCCAGGCUGUGAUGUUUUGUCCAAAGUGAAGCCGGAAGAUAUAGAGAAGGGCAGAAAGGAUGGGUGUAAAGAUCCAAAGAACUUGGGUUUGGACUUCAGGGAAAAUGCCGGGAGCUGCUUGCAAACUGCUGACUGUGGUGACCUCAAGUCCUGUGUGUGCAGCCAUGCUUCCCAAGCCAAGGAGAAUGGAGAAUGGCAAGCAGGCUUCCCAGACCCUGAGGAGGCACUACCCCCGGGCAACUUCUACACUUUGCAAGGGCUGUGGAGGAAAGUAGAUCCUACCAAAGCCCUGCCAGUUCCUGUGGACCUUCAGAAGAAGCAGGGAAACUGUGGCUUUGCAGAAAGAGAAUGGAAAGCCAAAGGAAUGGAGUUGCCGUGCAGGGCAGAGAGGAAUGUGAAAAACACUUACUUGGAGGCUGGGGAGCAAGAGGAGAAGCUGGCUGCUGUCCCGCCACCCAAGCCCCGGAGGACUUUCCGCUAUCUUGCAGAAAACUGUGCCAGUAGCUGCAGCGAUGCCAGUGCUACUAAGGAAGCUCCCCUGCAAAAGCAACAUGGACGAGACUUGGUUUCGUUCUCCAACGGUCUUGAGAAGAGAACAGUCAACAGGAGGAUCCGAGGAAGAAUCCAGAGGAAAUCCUUUGAGUUUGAGGACAUCCAGGGCUUCCGCAACUGUAUGCCUGCCACCAGGUCCCAUAAACUUCAAGAAGAAACAAAUGGCACUGCAGGAUCCAGGCUCAUCUGCACGCAGUCAGAAGACAACAUCUAUGAGGACAUUAUCUGUCCUGCAAAAGAGAACCCCUAUGAAGAUAUCAGAGUGCUGCCUUUACCCCUAUGGAAGGUCCCAUCUGUUUGGAAAUUACCAUCUUCCCAAAGCACUAGUAGAGCUCCAAAGCUUCCUCCAAAACCUUCCUUCCUCAGUCGCAAGACUUUUGAGCUAAAGCCUUCCCUGACAAGUUUGCAAGGGAAAAUGGUGAAGGACACGACCUUGCCGGUCACACUGACCGACUGGAAGCUGUUCCAAGCAGUAGAGGCUACUAGCAGGAGAAAGAACUUGCCCUGGAUGGUACUAAAAAUACAGGAGAUCUUUGUUUCUAAGCGUGGGAAGAAGAGGGUGAAGUUGCUCAAUCCUGCUGGGAGAGAAGUGCCUCCGACAAAAGGUGAAACCAGUGGGAAUGAAAGUGAUACGGAAAACCAGCCAAAAAGUCGACACAGGGGCCUGUUACUGGUGCAGUCAGCCUCCAAGAGGAACCCACACUACCAAACACUGGAGAGAGAUUUGAUAGAGCUCCAGGAGCAGCAGCUAUUUGAGCUGUUUGUGGUAGUGUCACUACACAAGAAGGCAUCUGAGAUAAAAUACACACCACAAAUCAUACAGCAGUUUCCCUGCAAGCCUGAACAUCGCUUCAGACAGUCAAAGGAUACUGAAGAGAGGCUAAAGGUCAUUCCCAAAUUCUGCUUUCCAGAUCCCAAAGACUGGUUUCCUGCAUCAGACCUUAAAAGUGAAACAUUUUCUUUUGUGUUGACGGGUGAGGAUGGCAGCCGCUGGUUUGGAUACUGCAAGAAGCUCCUGCCAGAAGGGAAAGGGAAGCGCCUUCCUGAGGUGUACUGCAUUGUCAGCCGCCUGGGCUGCUUCAACCUCUUCUCCAAGAUUUUAGAUGAAGUGGAGAAGAGGCGAGAGAUGUCCCCAGCCCUAGUCCACCCAUUUAUGCGCAGCGUAAUGGAGGCACCUUUCCCUGCUCCUGGACGCACUAUUACUGUGAAGAGCUUCCUGCCAGGAGCAGGAAAUGAGGUUAUGAAACUCUGCCGUCCGUCGGAUUCUCGGCUUGAGCACGUUGAUUUCGAAUGCCUGUUCAAGUGCCUAAGUGUCUCUCACAUGAUACGGGUCUUUGCCUCUCUCCUGCUGGAAAGGAGAGUGAUCUUUGUUGCUGACAACUUAAGCACCCUGUCUAAAUGUGGCCAUGCUGCAGUUGCAAUACUUUAUCCCUUCACUUGGCAACACACGUACAUACCAGUGCUACCAACUUCUAUGAUUGAUAUUGUGUGCUCUCCGACUCCAUUCUUAAUUGGCAUUCUCUCCUGCUCAUUACCACAGCUCCAAGACCUGCCUGUAGAAGAGGUUCUGAUUGUUGAUCUUUGUGCUGACAAGUUUCUGCAAGAGGUAUCAGAUGAAGAAGAGAUCCUGCCUCAUAAACUCCAGGCUGCACUUGUCCAAAUUUUGGAGGAACGAAAUGAAAUCUUGUCACAUGAGCAGAGCUGCAUACAAGGUGACAUGCCUCUUAACUCCCUGGUCUCUGAAGCUUUUGUGCACUUCUUUGUGGAGAUUGUUGGUCACUACUCCCUGCACAUGAAUGUUACAGAAAAAGGAGAGCGAGUGUUCCAGCGGGAACCAUUCCGUAAAUCCCACAUGUCACGCAAUGUCCGUCAUUUCCUGCACUUCUUCAUGGAAACACAGAUGUUUGCAGGGUUCAUACAGGAUCGAGAGCUAAGUAAGAGUGCUGUCAAAGGCCUUUUUGAGAUCCGUGCCUUGGAGUAUCUGGAGAGCAUUCCAGAGACUGAGCCGACAGGGAUGAACAAAAUCCUUCGCACUCUUGGAAGCAAGAUGAAAUUUCUCCAGAAGAAAUGAACGUGCGCUGCCGUGGAACGGCAAAGGGCCGUGAGGAGACGGGUGGGCACCCCCCAGCCCGGAACACCCCCCAGCCCGGAACCGGACUCAUAGCUUCCACCAGCUCUCAGGCGCCCCGCGCCGCCAUAAUAAGCAGCCGUGCCCCAACCACCU